AUGUGGUCCAUGCAUCCCUCCUAUGAUGAUUCGGGAUUCCGGGAGAUUAGCGAGAUCCCCCCUCUAUCAGGGAUCGGCCCCCGAGCCAGCACUCCCAGCACCAGCACUGGUGCCAGCCCAGACGAUACUUCCUCUGAUUCUGGGUGGUAUGUGACUCAGUCACCACCAGACCAUCUGGAUGCCCAAAUUAAAGCCUACCAACGGUCGCAUACCUUUGACACCAAUGUGCAAGCGCAAAUUGACGAAGUGAUGGAGAUUCCCAAGGUGGAAGAAGCAGACGAGGACUUGUUAAACAUUCGACAUGCCGAGACGGGCACUCCCGUCCCACGGAAACGUGGACGACCACGCAAACAUCCACUGCCCGUGCCCGGGAACCAGGCCAAGAUCACAAAAGGUCGCUCCAAGACCGGGUGUAUUACCUGUCGUCGCAGAAAGAAGAAAUGUGACGAGACAAAACCGGCUUGUCUCAACUGCCAGAAGAAUGCGGUGGUCUGUGAAGGCUACCCACCCAAGGAGAUCUGGAAAAGUGGCCGACAGAAGAUGGCCGAUGUUCGGUCGCAGUCCCUUGCAUCCGUGCCGCGCAGCCUACCCCUCCUCAUCGACGGCAUCGAAACGGAAGUUGACCGACGAUUCCUCGAUCAUUUCGUGUAUGGAUUCAGUCGGGUGUUGACCCUCAUCAAUGAUGAUUCCAAUCCCUUCAAGGAGAUCUUGCUCCCCAUGGCGACCCAGCACCGCGGGUUGAUGCAUUCCCUCAUGUGUUUGUCGGGGUCGCAUCUGUCGGGACUGGACCCCGAGCCCAAGCUGAAGGAGCGCAAAUACUUCCAUUUCCACCAUGCCAUUCAGGAUCUCAAAGAUAAUAUUAAUGCCUCCUCCUCGGCCAAAAGCCCCGACGGGGAGGACGAGCCCCUGUUGGUGGAGGACCCCAUCAUCGCCUCCACCAUCGCCCUCAGCUUAAACACCAUCUGUGAAGGCGAGGUGAAAGGCGAGUACCGACCGCAUAUGGAUGCCGCCCGAUACCUGUUGGUGUCGCAGAAACCCCGGAACGAAAAAUUCCGGCAAUUCAUCGUCGAAUUCUUCCAAUACCACGAUGUCUCCAACUCCCUCACCUCGCUCGACCGCCGACCCAACCUCUUCACCAGCGAUCCACACCUCCCCAACUUCGUGCCGGGCGCGGCAGGCCCGUCGCCCGGCAUGUUUGUCGGGGUCUUCGACGGACUGUUCAACUACAUUGCCGAGAUCACCCAGCUCCGCGAUCGGAUCCGCGAACGCUUCGACGAAGGCUACGAGCCCGCGGUGGACUACCAGACCCUCAGCGAGGCCGUUUCCAUCGACACCGCCAUCCGCAAAUGGGAAACCUCCCACGAACCCGAGACCUCGAAUUGGUGUCUGGCCCAACUCUACCGCCAGUCGACCUGGGUAUACCUAUACCGGACAAUCCGGCCCUCGCGACCGAGCGAAAAAAUCGCCCAAGUCGUCAACGACGGGCUGGAUUACCUGGAGCAACUCCCCCAAGACGCGGGAGCUUACAGUAUCGUGUUAAUGCCGCUGUUCCUGCUCGGCUGCUCGGCCUUCCUGACCGAGCAGCGGGAGCGCAUCAAGCGCGGGUUCGAGAGACUCAAGUCCUAUUCCAAUCUGCGGAAUAUUGAACCUGCUUUGAAGGUGGUCUCCCGCGUGUGGGAGGUCAUGGACACCCAGAUCGAGGAGAGCUGGGAUUGGGAGAAGAUUAUCCGUACUAUGAAUAUGGAUUUCUUGAUCACUUGA